CCAUCCCAUUCAAUCUGUUUUGUUCUCUCUGGGUUCAUUUGAAAAGAAGGAAAAACCCCCCCAAAGUUUUCCUUUUUUUUCCUCCAGCUUCUUUCCUUUCCUCUCUGCCUCUCUGGGCUUGGCUUGGCGUUCUUGCUUUGCAGAGAGCCCUCCUUAGAAAAAUGCCUUGUCGAUUUACUUCAAUAAUUUAUUCAGUCGCCAUCAUCAGAUAGACGUGCUUCCACCCAAAAAGAUAAAAAAAGAAGAGAAAACAACAGGAACAAUAAAGCCAACCCCAUCUCCAGGAGCAGUAUCUGUCACAGACAAUGUCCCCAAAUCUUCACCGUUCGCCUUCGCCUUCUCUCCUCUUGCUGAUCUUCUGAAGAGGUAUGGGGUGGUUUGAUGACUGUACAAGAUCAUGGUGCAGUGCCUAGACGGAAUCAAGCAUUUUUGUGUCGCUGUUGCAACUUGUUGUGAUGCAGAAAAGCAACCUAGAGGUCUGGAAAAUCCAGAAACUCUGGCAAGGGAGACAGUCUUUAGCGUGAGUGAAAUAGAAGCAUUAUAUGAACUUUUCAAGAAGAUCAGCAGUGCUGUAGUUGAUGACGGACUGAUCAACAAGGAGGAAUUUCAAUUAGCACUCUUUAAGACAAAUAAAAAGGAGAGCCUGUUUGCUGAUAGGAUGCAGGUGUUUGACUUGUUCGACACUAAGCACAACGGAAUACUAGAUUUUGAGGAAUUUGCUAGAGCUCUAUCUGUCUUUCACCCCAAUGCACCGAUUGAAGAUAAGAUUGAAUUUUCCUUCCAACUUUAUGACCUCAAACAACAAGGUUUUAUAGAGAGGCAGGAGGUAAAGCAAAUGGUAGUUGCUACCCUUGCUGAAUCUGGUAUGAAUCUCUCGGAUGAUGUCAUAGAAAGUAUCAUUGACAAGACUUUUGAGGAAGCUGAUACUAAACAUGAUGGCAAGAUCGACAAGGAAGAAUGGCGGAGCCUUGUUUUGAGACAUCCAUCCCUUCUGAAAAACAUGACACUCCAAUAUCUAAAAGACAUCACAACUACAUUCCCAAGUUUUGUGUUUCACUCCCAAGUUGAUGAUACCUGAGUUUUGGAUCUGCAUUGAGUUGAGGAUCGUGCCAAGGAAUUCUUUGUUUCUUUAUGAUUAUUGUUUGUUAUUCGACUCCUUUCUUAAUCGACAAUGACCUUUUCUCUGUAAAGUUGACCAUUUGGUAGUGCUGGAAUGUGAAAUGGAUUCAUAAGAUUGUA